AUGAAUAAUCUUCGUCGAUUCAUUUCAAUAACUCAAUUAUUACGAACAAUACAAUCUAAAUCAUGGGUUCCUCGUCAAUGCAAUAUGACUUCUACGGCGAUCAAUCAAUCUUUAUAUAAUUUUUCUGAAGAUGAACGAAUGCUUAAAGAAACAGUUGCUCGAUUUGGCAAAGAACAUGUUGAACCUUAUGUUCGUGAAAUGGAAGAAGCAGGUGGAUUUAAACCUGAAUUAAUACAGGCAAUUUUUGAUCAAGGCUGGUUGGGCAUUGAAAUCCCUACGGAAUACGGAGGCAGUGGUUUCAAUCUUUUUUCAUCUAUAUUGGCAAUUGAGGAAGGUUCAAAAAUAGACAGUGCUUUUGGAGGUUUAAUUGAUUUACAAAAUACUGUUGUAAAUCCUUUUUUUAUUCAACUUGCUAAUGAUGCUCAAAAAGCCACUUAUUUGCCUCGUUUAGCAAAAAAUAUGUUAAUGUCUAUUGAUGUUCCAUUGGAAUAUGGUGGUUCAGGUCAAACAUUUUUUUCAGUAGCUCUUGCCAUUGAAGAAAUAUCAAAAAUUGAUCCAAGCGUGGGAUUAUUUAUUGAUCUAUCAAAUACUCUAAUCAAUCGACUUUUUUUAAUUUAUGGCACAGAAGAACAAAAAAGUCAUUUCUUACCACGAUUAACUAAAAAUCUUGUUGGUAGUUUUUGUUUAUCUGAACCAACAUCUGGUAGUGAUGCAUUUAGUUUAAAAACAACAGCAAAAAAACAAGGUGAUUAUUAUAUAUUAAAUGGAACAAAAAUGUGGAUAUCCAAUGCAGAAAUUAGUGGAGUAUAUCUUGUUAUGGCAAAUUUAAAUCCACAAGCUAAACAUAAAGGUAUUUCAACAUUUAUUGUUGAUCGUGAUACAGAAGGUUUACGUAUUGGAAAACGAGAAAAAAAACUUGGCUUAAAAGCAUCAUCAACAUGUAUGGUUCAUUUUGAUGAUUGUAAAGUUCCAGCUAAAAAUCUUCUUGGUAAAGAAGGUGAAGGCUAUAAAUAUGCUAUAUCAAUGCUUAACGAAGGUCGUAUUGGUAUUGCUGCUCAAAUGAUUGGUAUUUGUCAAGGUACAUUUGACAAAACAAUACCAUAUACCAAAGAACGUAAACAAUUUGGUCAACGUAUAUUUGAUUUUCAAGGUAUGCAACAUCAAAUAGCUUCAUUAGCUACAGAAAUUGAAGCAGCUCGUCUUUUAACAUAUAAUGCUGCUCGUUUACGUGAUGCUAAAUUACCAUUUGUAAAAGAAGCAGCAAUGGCUAAACUUUAUGCAUCAGAGUUAGCAGGUAAAGUAACCAGUAAAUGCAUUGAUUUUAUGGGUGGUCUUGGAUUUUCAUGUGAAUAUCCACAAGAAAAAUUUUUUCGUGACUGUAAAGUUGGAACUAUUUAUGAAGGAACGAGUAAUAUGCAAUUAAAUACAAUUGCCAAGUUUAUUGACAAUUUAGAAAGAUAA